AUGGCCAGUGCCGCGGUCGCCAGCCAGGGCGUCGUCCCUCUCGAGGACCGCCCUAUCAAGAACACAAUCUGCCUCUUUGACGUCGAUGGCACCCUCACACCAGCCCGUCUGGAAGUCUCCUCCGAGAUGCUCGCGACCCUCCAAGCUCUCCGCCAGAAGGUCGCCAUUGGCUUCGUCGGUGGCUCCGACCUCGUCAAGCAGCAAGAGCAGCUGGGCGCGCCUGGCCGGCCAGUGACCGCCAUGUUCGACUUUUGCUUCAGCGAGAACGGCCUCACCGCCUACAAGCUCGGUCAGGAGCUGCCCAGCAACAGCUUCAUCAAGUGGAUCGGCGAGGACAAGUACAAGCAGCUCGUCAAGUUUGUCCUCCACUACGUCGCCGACCUCGACAUCCCCGUCAAGCGCGGAACCUUUAUCGAGUUCCGCAACGGCAUGGUCAACAUCAGCCCAAUCGGCCGCAACGCCAGCACUGCCGAGCGCAACGAGUACGAGAAGUACGACAAGGAGCACAAGAUCCGCGAGACAUUUGUUGCCAAGCUCAAGGAGGAGUUCGGCGACCUGGGCCUGACCUUCUCAAUCGGCGGCCAGAUCUCGUUCGACGUGUUCCCCACCGGCUGGGACAAGACAUACUGCCUCGGCCACCUCGAGAGCGAGGCCAAGAAGGGCGGCGUCGAGUACACCACAAUCCACUUCUUCGGCGACAAGACUUUCAAGGGCGGCAACGACUACGAGAUCUACGAGGACCCUCGGACGACGGGCCACUCCGUCACGGGUCCUGAGGACACCAUGAAGAUCCUCAAGGAGCUGUUUGACGUCUAA